CUGAAACAUUGGUAGCCACUUUAAUACUGUAUAGCCAGAGGGGUGAGCUACAAUGUGCACUGGGAAGUGUUCAAAGUGCAUUGGGGUCGUGUUGUUCCCAUUAGCUGUAUGUGCCAUAAUCUCCAAUAUUCUCCUGUAUUUCCCCAAUGGAAAUGUUACAGACCCCGACAAGAUAACUGAUUUGGUUUGGUUUUUCCAUGGCAUUCUUGGAGCUGGGAUACUGGUUAUUUUGCCAGCAUUUAUGAUGCUGGGCGCAGGUGGAGCUGGAUGUUGCGCUAACAGAUGUGGGAUGCUGCUCUCUGUGUUGCUGGCUGUACUGGGAGCUGCAGGAGGGGUAUAUUGUGUGGUCAUCUCAUCCUUGGGAUUGAUUAGUGGGCCUCUUUGUGACACUGGUGAUGGAGAAUACAUCUACCCUUUCAGGAAUGACACAUUGACAGACAAUUAUUUGUUUAAUCAGACAACAUGGAGCAUUUGCAAAAAACCUGAAAAUGUUAUUAUGUGGAAUAUUGUCUUGUUCUCUCUUCUCUUGGGGAUUGGUACAAUUGAAGCUAUUCUUUGCUUUAUUCAAGUCAUCAAUGGACUUAUUGGAUUCAUAUGUGGCACAUGCAUGAGGAAAAGAAAGACACAUAUUGCUGGAAUGUAAAUCACGUACAAAGAAUGCUAGUGACAAGCAUAGACCUGUGGGGAUUCAUGUAUAAUCAUAAUGUGUUGUGCUGUAUUUGUGGGAACAGAGGGACCCCAAGAUGUUCAGGAAUUUCAGAACUCCAGAAUAUUUUAUAAAGAUAUCUGGAUAGGAGGGGGUGGAUUAUCUAGAACUUUUGAAGUCAAAGAUUCUUUUUUUGUCUCCUCUAAGUACCCAGGCUAAGUCUCUGGUACUGGCAACGUAAUGCUGUCUUUUCAGGAGUGCCUGGCAUAUAUAAACAUUCAAUCACAAACAUUUUCCAAUUAAAAUUCACUGCUUACCCUGCAAGUGCUGCCCUGUGUAGCAAGCAUGUCACUUUGAAGUGCUGACUGUUGUAUAUGGGAAUUUGGACUGAAUGUAAUCAUUGCCAAUACAAAGAUUUAUCAGCUUUACUGAACUCAUCCACACUGGUUGGAUGUCUAAAGAUGCUCAUUAAUGCUCCCCAAACCCUGUCCUGGCCCUGUGUAAAACUGGAAUGGAUUCUCUGGCAGUGUUCUGUCUAUGUUUGCAGUGUCCUUGUAACCAUGUUGGUCCCAGUAUAUUAGAGAGACAAGGUGAGUGAGGUAAUAUCUUUUAUUGGACCAACUUCCAAUGGUGAGAGGGACAAGCUUUGAAGCUUACACAGAGCUCAUCUUCAGGUCAUGCUCUGUCUAUUUUUAUCACUUUGGUACAUAAGCACUGGUCUUCAGUCAUUUAAAGGUCUGGCUCAGAAAGGGUAUUUUCAGGACCUAGCAAUAGUGAUGUUGCUUAAAUAGUUCCAAUAACUGUAGCACAUGGAGGCCCUAUGUAGCAGGCAGUUGGCCAGUAUUUAACCUGUUUUAACCUCUGUGGAGCCAGCCUCCACUCACACUUCUGUGUGUGUUGUAGGAGGCUGUGGUGGUCUGUAAAGUGCCAAUGCUCCACUGAUGAUCAGCACUUCAAAGGUAAUAAUGUUGCCCAUGAGGUAGCACUGGAGAUGCAUUUGGCCCAACAUGCAAGGCUAGCAACCAACAAGCCAAUAACUAGCCUCAUUGAACAAUAAGGAGGAAAAAAAAUUCAGACUCACUUCCAGGGGAGUCAGAUAUGCACAUCCUAGUGUAGAACAUUUUCAUACUCAAUAUUUAAUUUUUUUUAAAUUGCAUUUCUGAUCAUUCUUGUGCACGCUUUUCUGAGAAGCCAAAGCAAACCUCAAAAGGCACCAAAUGGCAUCAUUCUCAGUACUACACCAGCAUUGAACCCACAAAGUGCUGAGUGUAAGAUCAAGCCCUAAAUGCUAAAUCCGUGUGAUUGCUAAAGUCUGUGAUUUCAGGAGUGAAUUUUUUGUCAUUUUAUUGGCCAUUU